AUGCUUUAAUCCAAUCUAUGUCCCAUUAAUAGAUACAUAUUAAGAAAUAUAUCAAAUUUCAUUAUGAGAUUAGCCUGAACUUGAAAUCAUGAAGUGAAACAGAAAAGUCAAAGACUAAACAACAAAGUAUGUCAGGAAUCAGAAACACACAAUUAAAAAAAAAAGAAAAAUGAAUAACAAUCGGAAACAACUAGAAAACAUUAUCCAAGAAUGCUAGUAAACAAUUCAUUUUCCACUAUAUAAGGGUUAACAGGUAUAAGUGAACCAAUCAAAUUUUAAUUUCCCCUUACUUAGUUGUUGAUUGGUUCAAUUUAUUAAUUUAAUAGAAAAAAAAACCAAAAAAAAACAUUACGUGGGUGGUAAAAUGAAGAAAAAAAAUUUUCUUUUUCUUAUUUAUAUAUAUAUUACUAACUAAUUAAUAAAUCAUAAUAAACAUUUACAUAAUUACAGAUUAUGAAAAUAAAGAAGGAAACAACCAAAAAUAAAUUCCACCCCCCUCCUCAUAUUUUACAUGAAUCCAAAUUGUACGUUUUUUUUUAAUAGUUCGAAUCCGUAAUCAAAUAGUUUUCAAUAUCAUAAAUCAAUAAUUGAUAGGAAAAGAAAAACUCAACUUCUUCUUCUAAUAUGGAUAUAAUCAAUAAUCAAUUAUUUAAUACAACCUCAACAACAAAAAUAGAAAAAUCAGAUCAAUUACCAUGUAUAACAGAAUGUAAAUUAUCAAUACCUAAAUUAUAUAAAGCUAAAACUACACCAGAUUGGAUUAUAACUGUAUGUUCAGAAAUAUGGACAAGAUUAUUAUCAUCGCUAUCAUCAUCAUCAUCUACAUCCUCAUCAUCAGUUAAAGUAGAAUCUAAUUUAAAAGAGAUCCAAAAUCAAAUUUCUGGUUCACAAUUAGUUACAUAUUUAAUGAAUUAUGAAAAUAAAACUGAUCGUAAUUUAAUAUGUGGUGUAUGGCAAUUAUUAUUAGAUGAAAAUGCAAUUGAACCAAUUCUACCAUUAAAUAAUAAUAAUAAUAAUCAAAAUUUUAAUUCAAUUGAAUUUUAUGAUCGUGAUGAUGUAUAUUAUAUAUGUAAACAUUUAAAAGAUAAACGUUUAUCAAUUGAUGAAGCCAUAGCAACUACUGAAAUAUGUUCUAAUAUAAAUCAAUUUAAUAUAGAACUUUAUAAUGAAACUUCAGUGGAACAAAUUUCACAAGAUAUACAAUAUGAACAAACUCAUGAACAUAUAAUAGAUUUAGAUGAUCAUAAUAAUUAUGAAAUAGAUGGUUAUCAUGUAUUAAUUGAACGAUUAUAUCGUUUAGCACCUGAAGCAUUAUUUCGUAAAAUUUUACAAAAAUUACCAUCAAAUCGUACUGAAAUAGAAUUACAAUAUGUAUAUCAAGAAUUAUUACUUUUACCAGCAUUAUCAUCAUUUUCUAUAACAGUUAGAAAAGAAUUAUGUAAAUGUUUAUAUUAUGAAGUACAUGAUAAUGCAUAUGAUAUAAUAUUUUAUCAAGGUGAUUUAGGUCAAUCAUGGUAUAUUAUAUAUCAUGGUAGUGUAUGGGUAUAUUUAAAUGAUCAAGGUUAUAUAUGUCAUUUAUAUGAAGGUGAUGAUUUUGGUAAAUUAUCAUUAAUAACAGAUAAACCAAGAGCAGCUAGUAUUAUAUUAGCUGAAAAUAAUUGUCAUUUAUUAAAAUUAAAUAAAAAUGAUUUUCAUAGAAUAUUAUAUAAUGUUGAAGCAAAUACAGUACAUUUAAAAAAUAAUAAUAAUGAUAUAUUAAUAUUAGAAUAUAUACCAAAUAUAAAAUUAUUAUUACCAUAUACACAAAAUGAUAUAUUACAUAAUAAUAAUAAUAAUAAUAAUAAUAAUGAAAAUCAAUUAAAUCAAUUAAAUUAUUAUAAUUAUUCAAUUAUUGCUGGUACUAUUGAAAAUAUAUUAUAUUAUUUAUUAGAAAAUUGUUUAACUGAUUUAAAUAAUCAAUUACAAUUAAUUAAUAAUAAUAAUAAUAAUCAAUUAUAUUAUUCAUAUUUAUAUUCAAAUAUACCAAUGAAUAUUGAUGAAACAUGGGAAAUCUUUUUUCUUACAUAUACAUUAUUUACUAAUAAUAAUGAAAUUUUAUUAUUUUUAUAUAAAUAUUUACAUUGUAAUAAAUUAUUAGAAACUAAUAAUAAUAUUACUAAUAAUAAUGACAGUAAUAAAUUUACACAAUAUACAAUUAAUAAUAACAGCAUGAAUAAUAAUAAUCAUAAUAAUAAUGAAAGUAUUAAUAAUAAUGAUAAUAAUAAUGAUAAUAAUAAUAUUGAUAAUAAUAAUAAUAUUAAUAAUAUUGAUAAUAAUAAUAAUAAUGUUGAUAAUAAUAAUGAUAAUAAAAUUAAUAAUAUUGAUAAUGAUAACAAUAAUAAUGUUGAUAGUAAUAAUGAUACUAAUAAUAGUAAUAAUACGGAUGAUAAUAAUAAUGUUGAUAAUAAUAAUGAUAAUAAUAGUGAUAAUACGAAUGAUAAUAAUAAUAAUGAUAAUAAUAAUAGUAAUAAUAAUAAUGAUAAUCAUAAUGAUAAUAAUAAUAGUGAUAAUACUAAUGAUAAUAAUAAUAAUAAUAUUAGUAAUAAUAGUAAUGAUAAUAAUAAUAAUAAUGAUCAUGGAUAUUGGAAAUUUCCUAAUGAUUAUGAAUAUGAUAUGAUAAAAAUUAGUCGUAUUAUUAUAUUAUUUUAUAUAUGGCGUUAUUGUAUUGGUUUAUUUAAAUUUGCUAAUCAAAUUGAAAUUAAUCAAUUUUUAAUUCAUUUAAAAAUGGCAUUAAUCAAUAAUCAUUAUAAUAAAAUCAAUAAAAUCAAUAAUAAUGAGAAUCAACAACAUGAUUAUAUAUUAUAUAUUGAUUGUUUAAAUCAAUUAAUAAAAAAUAAUGAAAAAUUAAUCAAUAAUAAAUCAAUAAGUACAAAACAAUCAAAUUUAUUAACAAAUUUUUUACAUUUUCCAUAUAAUGUAUUACGUAAUUUACCAUUUAUUUGUAAUAAUAAUAAUAAUAAUACUCUUACUACUACUAAUAAUAGUAGUAAUAGUAGUAGUAAUAAUACUAAUAAUAAACGUAUAAUGAAUAAAUUGAAUAAAACUCAAUUUUUAUUAUCAUCAUCAUCAACGUCCAAUGAACAACAUCAUGAAUCAUCUAUAGUUACUAAGACAGAUUAUACAUCAUCCAGUAUGUCUAAUAUCACUAUACCUAAUCUAUUAAUCGGUUAUCCUAUUCAUCCCAAUACAUUACCAUUAAUUGAAUCUCAACAUACUAUUACAAUUCAAAUUUAUAUAAAUGAAUUUAAAAAACAAAUUCAAAUUACUAUACCAAUUGAAGCCAAUGUUUAUCAAAUUAAACAAUCAUUAUUAUCAUCUUAUAAAUUAAUUAAAACAAAUCAUUUAAAUGAAUUAAAAUUAGUUGAAAUAUUAUCUAAUGGUGAUUGGAUAUUAUAUCAUGAUUAUGAUUGUGGUAUUAUAUUUAGUUUAUCACCAAAUGGGAGAUUAUUUUUAACCUCAGAGGAUACAAUUCAAAGCUUAGCACCAUUAGCUGAACAAUUAAUAGUAACUAUGAAUUUUUUAGAAUUAAAUGAUAUAGAUCGUGUAAAACUAUUUCAUCCAUAUGAUAGUUCAAUAUUACGAAGAAAUAAGUCAUUACAUGGAUCUAUUCAAUUAUUGGAUGAAUUAACAAUUGAUGAAUUAGCUAUAACAUUAUCAUAUUGUCAUGUACAAUUAGCAAUAUGUAUACAUCCACAAGAAUUAUUAGAUUAUGUAAUUUAUGGUAAUAAAAGUAACAAGCCUUGUCCCCAUGUACGUACAUUAGUAAAACGUUUUAGUUUAUUACAUACAUGGACAAUGACACAAAUUGUAACAACAUGUCAUUUAACAAAACGUGCAAUUAUUAUUAGAAAAUUAAUUAAAUUGGCUGAACGAUUAAUUUCAUCACCAUUAUAUGAUUUAUAUAGUUCAUUUGCAAUUAUAUUAGGAUUACAAAAUUCAUCUAUAACAAGAUUAACCAAUACAUGGGAACGUGUACCUAAUCGAUGGCGUCGUAUAUUUAAUAAUACAUUAUUACCAUUAACAGAUCCAUCAAAAAAUCAUCGUACAGCUCGUUUAUGGAAUACAUAUAAUGAUAAAUAUUCAACUAAUAGUAUUAACAAUACCCCACGAUUACCAUUUUUACCAUUAAUUUUAAAAGAUUUAAGAUUUGCUGAAGAUGCUAAUCAAACUGAUUAUCAUAAACAACAAAAUGGUAUAAGAUUAAUUAAUUUUGAAAAAAUGCGUCUUAUUUCUAAAAGUUUACGUACAUGGAUUAAUUGUAUAACUGGUUAUGAAUUAUUACAUCCAUAUUAUCAAUUAAUAAAUAUUGACAUUAAUAAACAAUACUAUACAUCAUUAAAUAAUCUAACAGUACAAAAACUUCUUGAAGUAUCAAAUGAAACUAAAAUGUUUAUCUUAGAACAUAUGGAAUGUAUUGAUGAUCCAAGAAUAAUAACACAAUUAUCAUUAAGAUUAGAACCAAAAAAGUAA